AAAUUUGUACAGUGACACCGCAAGUAUUUAAAGCGCACAUCAGGCCUGCAACGGCGUCUCAAAGUGCGGCCACAAGUGGUCUGGUCAGCCGUUGUAAACUCUGCCAUUUCAGAUAAACUAACCUACGGAGAAAGGAGAAAUUAGAAGAAGAAGAAGAAGAAGAAGAUGCCUUGCGUUGAUAUAUCCACUAAUGUGAGCCUGGAAGCCGUCGACACCGAUUUAAUCUUCUCUCAAACCACAAAAGCUGUUGCCUCAAUCAUUGGCAAACCAGAAACAUUUGUGAUGGUGUUACUGAAGGGGUCAGUGGCCAUAUCAUUUGGGGGGAACAAAGAGCCAGCAGCAUUUGCAGAGGUAGCAUCCAUGGGAGGCAUCAACUCUGCAGUGAAGAAGCAGCUCAUAGCCGCCAUCGGCACCAUUCUGCAGGACAAUCUGUGUGUGCCGAGGUCCAGGUUCUUCCUCAAGGUCUUUGACACCACUGCUGGUCGCGUCCCUUCCAAAAUCUGACCUAAUUCCCUCCACAUAUAUUGCCUGCUGUAUCCAGUCCAGUCUGAUUGAAGUGACAAUCAUCAUUUCAUUUCAAGAUUAAGGUUCUCCGCCCUUUUAAUAAGACUAAAUAAAUAUUCAUUAUUGUCACUCUCUUUAUUUAUGUCAAAUUAUGUCUCAUUUAAAAUUUAUCAUAAGAUAUUUAAUCUUGUUACUGUUUUUAUCUUCUAUUUAUUUAAUCCAAAUCAAUUAGGCUUCCAGGA